UAAUUCGUCCCCUAUAAAUUGUGAAACCAAGUUCAAUGCAAUAUACCAUCUAAACACAUAAUAAAGCAUAUCAUUCUUCUGAGAGUGUGAUUCAUAUUAUGGCUUUCAACAGCUUUUUCAAGCUUGUGAUAUGUGGAGCAGUGCUCUUGCUUGCUAUAUCAGAUGUUACACUUGCUAGGAAAGAUGUGAUGAUGUUUGGAGUACCAAAUAAUGUGGUAGAACCAAGGACCACGAUUCAACAAUACUUGAUGUUUGAAGACCAAAUCUCAAAGCUACUCAGAACAUCGCAAGGAAUAGUGGGUGUAACUAGCAAACAAGUCAUUCCUUGCGAUAGUACUGCAGAUUGUGCACCAGAUGAACGGUGCGAAUCAGGGGAAUGUGUUUACGUCGGAUUACGUUGAUAAAUUGUAAGGAAAUUAAAUUACGUACAGCAGGGCGCAGAUAUGAUGUAACAGAUUCAACUUUUUAAUCGUAGUUCUUACUAUAUAUGUUUAUGUUGUUCUAUUAAUGUAUAUAAGAUCCUGCUGUUAGCCUGUACCUUUGUUGUUAAUUUGGAUUGGAGUUCCUACUUAUAUAUGUGAAAUAAAAAAUGUACGUUUGUUGUUUGUA